UCUUUGUUGGUCCCUCAAAGAUUAGUAGUUACCAUCUGCAUUGGUUAGUUGGUCCGUCUGGUUAACGGGAAAACCAAGGAAAAAGAAAACAAAAGGAAAGAACUGGAGAUUUUACCCCCUUCUGUUUCUUUUGGUAUUUGAUCGGAGGAAUCAGUUUAUUGAGCUCAGUUGGGUGGAGAUUUGGUUGCUUAGAGUUUAAACUAUGACAGUUUUUUUUCUUUUUUUUUGGUUCCUCUUUCUCACUUUUUCUGAGGUCGGUCUGUUUGGAUGUCUGAGAACACCAAGGAAAAGGACAAAAGCCAGAAGAUUAUGAUCCUUCCUCUGUUUCUUUUGGUUUCUCACGAUUGGAAAAUUUUGGGAAAUCAAUUAAAGUAAUUAGUUCCAUUGAGUUUUGUCAGUUGAUAUUCUGGGAUAAUUCAAAUUCAUUCUUCUCGCCUAUAUGAUAUUCUAUCAUGUAUACUCGAAAUGUUUCUUGAAAUGUUGGCACUACCCUUCAAUGUGAAGGAUAAAAUAGAACCAGAAUUUUUUUCUUAUCCAAGUAAAAGCAUGGAGGCCUCAGUUGAGGCUGUGGAGAGAAUUAUUAACUACAAAUUUAGGAACAAAAAGCUCUUAGAGGAGGCCUUGACUCAUUCAUCUUACACUGAUUCCGCAUCGUAUCAACGACUUGAGUUCAUUGGUGAUGCUGCAUUGGGCUGUGCUCUAAGCAAUUAUGUGUUCCUUGCAUACCCAUCACUUGAUCCCGGUCAACUCUCUCUGAUCCGGGCUGCCAAUAUCAGCACUGAGAAACUUGCUCGUGUGGCUGUUCGAGUUGGGCUUUAUCAGUAUGUCCGGCACAAUGCUGCUGCUCUUGAUGAUAAGGUUAGAGAAUUUGCACUUGCAGUCCAAGAGGAGGGUGAUUCUGUUUUGUAUGGUGGAUCAGUAAAAGCCCCUAAAUUUCUCGCAGACAUUGUUGAAUCUGUGGCAGCAGCAAUUUAUGUAGAUUGUAAUUUUGAUCUGCAAGUUCUUUGGGUGGUCUUUAGGGGUCUCUUGGAGCCUAUUGUAACACAUGAAGCCUUGCAGCAACAACCCCAACCAGUGACAUUGCUCUAUGAACUGUGCCAGAAGGAUGGAAAGCAUGUCGAUAUCAAGCAUUGGAGGAAAGGGUCGAAGAAUAUUGCUAGUGUUUAUGUAGGUGGCAAGUUUAUUGCCUCAGGUUCUUCUGACGAGAAGGAAAUUGCAAAAUUGAAUGCUGCAAAGGAAGCCUUGCAGAAGCUGUCAUCUAAAUUAAAGGACACUGAGAUGACCCAGAAUAAUCUCGAGAUCAAUGGAUCAUGUGAGAUUGAUGGAGCAAAACAGAAGUUACAUGAGUUUUGUAGCAAGAAGAAGUGGCCUAAACCAAGUUACCGAAUUGAAAAAGAAGUGGGCCCUGCUCAUGAAAAGGGAUUUUUGUGCUCUGUCCAUAUCGAAACUGUAGAUGGUGUGCUUGUGAUGCAGGGAGACACAAAACCAAGAGUAAAGGAUGCUGAAAACUCUGCUGCUUCCUUCAUGAUUCGCACCCUAUAUGAGUCUAGAUAUCCGUGAUGCCACUUCCUCUCAAACUGGCUCCUUCAUCCAUCCAAACCUACUUGUGUAUGAAAUGGAGGAAAAGCUCCUACCUACAGACAAAGAGCUCAACAGUCCUGUGAAUAAUAGAACCGGAAAAAAUACAGUGAGUAGCUGCCUUUCAUGUACUUUACCACAUAGGAUCGUGUGCCAAAAUAAUUUUACUUCACUUUUAUUAGUUUUUGAGAUGAGCAUAACCUUUUGGAUGUUAACAACGUGAUGUUCAGUAGUGGCAACUGCCAUAUUAUGCUUAAAUUUUCCAUAGCUGGUUGUGUGCUAUCUCAUAUUUCUCAAUCUGUAGAAAGCUACAAUUUCCUAUCAAAUGUAUGUACAUUCUAAGGUUGUGUUCGUUG